GCUUCCGGGUUUGGCGAGACCGCAGCGGCAGCGCGCAGGGCAGGGCGCGAGCCGGCCUCGGAGUCCCGACCUCGGACCGCCCCCUCCGCGCCCGGCACGCCCGGCGCCUCCUUCUGGCCCCGUACCCGGCUCGGCCUCCGCCAGGUCUGGUCACGGUGCGGGCGGCCCCGGAACCUCUCGGCGAGCGCGGCUCGGUAACAAGUGGCGACGAUGCCGUUCGAGAUCAAGAAGGUGUUCGCCAGCCUCCCCCAGGUGGAGAGGGGCGUCUCCAAAAUCAUCGGCGGCGACCCCAAGGGCAACAAUUUUCUUUACACCAAUGGAAAGUGCGUCAUUCUAAGGAACAUCGACAACCCAGCCCUUGCCGACAUCUACACGGAGCACGCCCAUCAGGUGGUGGUGGCCAAGUACGCACCCAGCGGAUUCUACAUCGCCUCUGGAGAUGUAUCUGGGAAGCUGCGAAUCUGGGAUACCACGCAGAAGGAGCAUCUCCUGAAGUACGAGUAUCAGCCUUUUGCUGGGAAGAUCAAGGAUAUUGCUUGGACGGAAGACAGUAAGAGGAUCGCAGUGGUCGGGGAAGGAAGGGAGAAGUUUGGAGCUGUCUUCCUGUGGGACAGUGGCUCUUCUGUGGGAGAGAUCACGGGACACAACAAAGUCAUUAACAGCGUGGACAUCAAGCAGAGCCGGCCAUACCGGCUGGUGACUGGCAGUGACGAUAACUGCGCCGCGUUCUUUGAGGGGCCACCGUUCAAGUUCAAGUUCACAAUUGGCGAUCACACCCGCUUUGUCAACUGUGUGCGAUUCUCUCCCGACGGGAACAGAUUCGCCACGGCCAGCGCUGACGGGCAGAUACACAUCUAUGACGGGAAGACAGGAGAGAAAGUGUGCACCCUGGGAGGAAGCAAGGCUCACGAUGGAGGGAUUUACGCUAUUAGUUGGAGUCCUGAUAGCACCCAUUUGCUUUCUGCUUCCGGAGACAAGACCUCUAAAAUUUGGGAUGUCACUGUGAACUCUGUCGUUAACACGUUUACCAUGGGCUCCAACGUUCUGGACCAGCAGCUGGGCUGCUUGUGGCAGAAGGACCACCUCCUCAGCGUGUCCCUGUCCGGGUACAUCAAUUACCUGGACAGAAACAACCCCAGCAAACCCCUGCGGGUCAUCAAGGGUCACAGCAAAUCAAUCCAGUGUCUGACGGUGCAUAAAAACGGAGGCAAGUCCUACAUCUACUCUGGGAGCCACGAUGGACACAUUAAUUACUGGGAUUCAGAGACUGGGGAGAACGACUCCUUCGCUGGGAAGGGCCACACGAACCAAGUGUCCAGGAUGACCGUGGACAGCGCCGGGCAGCUGGUGAGCUGCAGCAUGGAUGACACGGUGCGGUACACCAACCUGACGCUGAGGGACUACAGUGGACAGGGCGUCGUGAAACUGGACGUCCAACCAAAGUGCGUGGCUGUCGGCCCCGGAGGCUAUGCAGUGGUCGUGUGCAUCGGGCAGAUCCUCCUGCUGAAGGAUCAGAGGAAAUGCUUCAGCAUUGAAAACCCCGGCUACGAGCCUGAAGUCGUGGCCGUGCACCCCAGCGGUGAAACAGUGGCUGUUGGGGGUGCGGACGGGAAUGUCCGCCUGUACUCCAUCCUGGGCACCUCGCUGAAGGACGAGGGCAAGCUCCUGGAGGCCAAGGGCCCCGUGACCGAUGUGGCGUAUUCCCACGACGGCGCCUUCCUCGCCGUAUGCGACGCCAGCAAAGUGGUCACUGUCUUCAGCGUUGCUGACGGCUACUCGGAGAACAAUGUUUUUUAUGGACACCAUGCAAAGAUCGUCUGCUUGGCCUGGUCACCGGACAACGAGCACUUUGCCUCUGGUGGCAUGGACAUGAUGGUGUACGUCUGGACCCUGAGUGACCCCGAGACCAGGGUCAAGAUCCAAGAUGCACAUCGACUCCACCACGUCAGCAGCCUGGCCUGGCUGGACGAGCACACGCUGGUCACGACCUCCCACGAUGCCUCUGUCAAAGAGUGGACAGUCACCUACUGAGGACGCCCCCUUUGGACAGACCGAAUCAGGGACUAGAGUCUAACCGCAGCAGAACACAUCUAAAUAUCCUGUAACGUGCCCCCGCGCCCCCGCCCGGCUCAGGAGGGAGGGGGCCUCACGACUGCCCCCGUCUCUCUGCAGGGUGUUCGUGUCUGUACACGUCCUUCCGAAAGCUUUAGACGGUGACGGUUUGCACAUGAGAAAUAAAGCAAGCGCUUAAACAGUG